AUGGAGAAUCAACAACACAAUGAAUUCAAUUAAUAAUAUCAUAUUAUUCCUUAGGAAGAAUUAAAUUAACAAUAACUCUAAAUAUUUUAAAUAAGAUAAAAGGUACACCCUUGUAUUUUAUGUUUAUUAUUACUUUGUGGAAUGAGUACAUUGUUUGGAGGUUAUUUACUAUUUAUAAUCGUUCUAAAUAAUAAUGAAUAAUCCUAGAAUUGUGGAACAAUGAUUAAAACUGUAAAAUAUUACUCUCAAUUCUUAAUGAUUGAUGGAGCUGCUUAAAUGUAUCGACUUAAAAUAUUUAAGAAUUCUUGUUAUAAUUUUAUGCUUUUUGAUGCCUAUUAAGAAAUAUGACAUUAAAACUUAAGUAGAUAGAUAAUUGUCCUUUGAAUUUUUUGAUCAGAUCAUAUUUUAUUUUGUUCUAAUCAUUAUGAUUGGUAUCCCUUAAAACGAGAUCCAUUGUAUAAGUAAUUAGAGUAGAACAAUAAUUUUAUUAUAUUCCUUUUUAAUAUAUAUUCUAAUUAUGCUUUUAAUAAUUCAGAAAUGCUUUCAAUGA